AUGAUACGUCAGCUAAAUUAUUGGUCGAGAAAAGCAUGUCUCAUUUAUCCCUUUCAAGUCCUUGUAGGCGCAUUAUUUUCGAUAGUAAUAUCUUCAGAGACACUAAAUCAUCAAAAAAAAACAUAUGCUUUGUUAAAAUCCUCAAAUAUUUUCAAUGUAAUUUUUGCAUACAAAGCUAAUCAAUUGUGGCCAUUUUUAUUUUUCGGUUUGGCUUUCCUGCAAAUAUACUUCCAUUAUCUAGCAAGAAUGGAUGUACUACCUUUACCGAUAUCAAGCACCGAAACUAGCUCUUCUUAUUUAACAUAUACUAACCGUUGGCCUCUGUUCAAAAAUAGAGUAAUUAGUAUUAUGAUUACCCAAUAUGCUUGCAAGUUCGUUUUGAAAUAUCUAUUAUUAUUUUUGAGUUUCCAGUUUAUCGAUCAUGUCUUCAUUUGGACAGGGGGGGAAUGCAGUUCUGGCAGUAAAACAACAUCAGCUGAACAAUGUCGCCUAGAAAAUGGGCAAUGGCACGGUGGGUUUGAUAUUAGUGGACACUUCUGCUUUCUUGUGAAUAUUAGCAUGAUUCUUUGGAUGGAACUACACUUGUUCAGUAGAUUUGUUCAAGCUGAGGAUAUGUUUUGGGUUGUGAAUAAGUGGGUACGAGCUUGCCUUGCCAUUGUUUGUACUGUCCUGGUAAUUUGGAUAUGUAUUCUCUGGGUUACCGCGAUUUAUUAUCAUACUAUCUUGGAAAAAGUUUUAGGUUGCAUUAUGGGCUACAUAUGUCCUGUUUUCAUAUACCACAUUUUACCCAAAAUUGGUUUACUACACAAUUACUUAUAUGUAUGA